CCUCGCGGCCAGACAGUCUCCAGCCCUCAGCUCCUGUAUCGGAGUGAGGAGAAGGAAACAGGAAGUACGCGUUAUACUGAGCGAGACGAGGAGGGGUAGGCAGUGAGCUAUAUAUUCUUAUACAGAGACUCAGAGAUGCGCGCCUGUCCCAGAUUAUGCUGAAUAUCCGUUCAGGUGGACACAAAAACACAGUAAAGAUGGCGAAGAACUGCAUUGAUGGUCGCAGCGCUGUAGCCCAUACGACUUUCUAGAUGAUCGUACUUGCUCUGAUUGCUUUUUAUGCUAGCAGAAGCCUUCUACAAGGUUUUCUGUUGCGGUUUGGGCGCCCUAGAGUGUGUUUAAAUGAACAGUUGGGGACCACGGAGAUGGGGAACACCUGUGUAUGCAGAGAAGAUAGUGGGGCUGAGGACAACGUUGAUUCUUCGAGUCAGCAAGCCGAGACCCGCAUUGUACCUGUUAGUGAAUCACGCAGCCGGCCAAGGGACCCCGUCAGGACUCCGCGGAGAGGCCGUGGCCCGCAUGAGCCGCGGAGGAAGAAGACUAAUGUAGACAGCCUGGUGCUGGAUACUUUGGCUGUAAUCAGGACACUUGUAGAUAAUGACCAAGAACCACCUUAUUCCAUGAUUACGUUGCACGAGAUGGCAGAAACCGAUAGCGGAUGGCUAGAUGUGGUCCAGUCGCUAAUUAGAGUCAUUCCAUUAGAAGAUCCGCUGGGUCCGGCUGUCAUAACCUUACUACUGGAUGAAUGCCCCCUGCCAACAAAAGAUGCCCUCCAGAAACUAACUGAAAAGUUACAUUUAAGUGGGACCACCGCAAUCCAGGAUGCCUGCAAUCCGGCCAAGCACCGCAACACAACGGCAGUAUUAGGGUGUUUAGCUGAGAAGCUGGCAGGGCCUGCUAGCAUCUCUCUAUUAAGCCCUGGGAUUUUGGAGUAUUUAUUAGAAAGUCUGAACGUCAAAUUCCAUCCCAUGGUCAUCCUGUUUGCACUUAUAGCACUGGAAAAGUUUUCACAAACCAGUGAAAAUAAAAUGACUGUUUCUGAGUCGCGGAUUAGCGAUCGUCUUCUCUUGCUAGAGAGCUGGACAAAUAAUGGAGACUUUUUAAAGCGCCAAGUUGGAUUUUGUGCCCAAUGGAGCCUAGACAACCUGUUUUUAAAAGAAGGAAGACCACUAACAUACGAGAAAGCAGACUUAACACCAAUUAACGCCAUGCUUAAUAGUAAUGAUGUCAGCGAAUACCUCAAGAUCUCUCCUUAUGGACUAGAAGCCCGAUGUGAUGCUUCGUCCUUUGAGAGUGUUCGCUGCACAUUUUGCGUGGACUCUGGUGUCUGGUACUACGAAGUCACCGUUAUCACUUCUGGAGUCAUGCAAAUAGGCUGGGCCACCAAAGACAGCAAAUUUCUCAAUCAUGAAGGAUACGGUAUUGGGGAUGAUGAGUAUUCCUGUGCAUAUGACGGUUGCAGGCAGCUGAUCUGGUAUAAUGCAAAAAGCAAAGCACACCAACAUCCCUGCUGGAAAGAAGGCGAUACUGUGGGGUUUUUAUUAGAUCUACACAAAAAGUUGAUGAUUUUCUCUUUGAAUGGGAACCAGCUUCCUCCUGAAAAACAAGUUUUUUCUUCUGCAACGUCCGGGUUUUUUGCCGCAGCAAGUUUUAUGUCUUAUCAGCAGUGCGAGUUUAACUUUGGAGCAAAACCCUUUAAAUAUCCGCCUGUGAGCAAAUUUAGCACUUUCAACGAAUAUGCUGUUCUAGCGCCGGAGGAAAAAGUCAUAUUGCCCAGACACCGGCGAUUAGCUCUAUUAAAGCAAGUGAGCAUCCGAGAAAACUGCUGUACGCUUUGCUGUGACGAGAUUGCAGACACCGAAUUAAAGCCCUGCGGCCAUAGCGAUCUCUGCAUGGACUGUGCCUUGCAGCUGGAGACGUGUCCAUUGUGCCGGCAAGAAAUCAAAACCCGCGUGCGACAGAUUGCUCACAUUUCUUGACAGUUGCGGAAUAAAAGCAGGAAUUUCAUUCAUUUUUUUUUUUUUUUUUUUUUUUUUUUACGGAAGGGGUCUUUUUUUUUGUUGUAUAUGCUUAAUUUCACAGAAGGGGCCAUAUUUUCUAGCAACAAAUGAAUCUGCAAAAGAACAAAGGAAGAACCCUUUGCAGAAUCCAGAAAUGAUUUACAAAGUACAAGCUACUCGCCAGACACUUGUCACCAUGGUGAGAAAGUGAACACGCUGUGCCGCCACAUUGGGAUAAAUAAAUAUGAAAAAUCCCCCAUCUGGGAAACGCAAAGCACGAAAAA